GUGGUAAAAAUUAAAAUAAUAUGAUCAUAAUUUUAAAUUUAUUAAACACAGACAAAUAGUUUACGUAUAAUUGUACCGUCGUGGUUCCUAGUAUUUUAAAAAUAUUAAAGAUUUGUUUGUGGACUAAGAUUAUCAUUUGAAAAUGGCUAAGCAUCACCCUGAUCUUAUAUUUUGCCGAAAACAACCCGGCGUCGCGAUUGGACGUUUGUGUGAGAAAUGUGACGGUAAAUGUGUCAUUUGCGAUUCUUACGUGCGUCCAUGCACUUUGGUAAGGAUAUGUGAUGAGUGUAACUACGGAUCGUAUCAAGGAAGAUGUGUAAUUUGUGGAGGCCCAGGUGUUUCAGAUGCAUAUUACUGCAAAGAAUGCACCAUUCAAGAAAAAGAUAGAGAUGGAUGUCCAAAAAUUGUAAACCUCGGAAGUUCUAAGACAGAUCUAUUCUAUGAAAGAAAGAAGUAUGGCUUUAGAAGACACUAGCAAUAGUUUCUUUCUAGUUUUAUUCUAAAACUAGAAAGACAAUGGACUUUUGUGUGAAUGAGAAUUAAUGAUAUAAGAAUGUUUUAAAAAUAAAACAUGUUUCCAAUCUCUGUGAAUGGCUCAUAUUAUUUUUGAAAUGCAUCAUAUCAAAUUUGAUCGCACAAGUUUUCUUUUGUUAAGGUUACACUAAAAUAAAAUAAGUUAGUUAUAUUUCAAUAUGUUUAUAUAUUUUUCACUGGAAUUGGAAUUAAAUAACUUAAACAUUCAACCUUUUUCUAAGCCUUGUACACUUUACAACUAUCAUACAUAAUUAAUUGAUCAAUCAAUUAAUUCUUUACCAAAUUAGACCUUAUCAUAUUAUUGUCUUCAAAUUCACAAAACAGGGUUUUUAUAGCAACUAUAUAUGUUAAUAAUCUGUAUUAUUUUGCUUAGAUUCUUUAUAAGUACUAUUUGAGGAACUUCCAGUGUUUGUCCAAAUAUUGGUGUCUGUACUCCCAGCUUCUGAAUAUGUUGGUCGAGCAGGUAUUAUAGGUGAUCUGAUGCAAACGCUAAAUAAGAAUAAAACACAAUUAAAUGCCUAUUAUAUAUUAUAUAAUUCUUACUA